CACACACGCACGCACACACACACACAAAACACCACCACCACCACCACCACCCCUCUUCAAAUUCACCCAAACCGAAUUCAGACCCCCCUGGACGGGCACCAUCACCGACCCGCUCACGCCGGCUGACCGCGGCCGACCCGCCUCACCGACCGAGCCCUUGUCCUCGGUGACCCGCCGUGUUCAACUCACCCCCUCGCUGUAUUCCGCCGGAGGAGGUUUCCACUUAUGCUGGUGCAGACAGCCCGGCUGCUCCCCCUCAUCGGCUCCCAUCACCUUUACCGUUCCAGCGGCUGCGCUGCCAGGAGGAGGCUUCGCUCGAUCCUCAGCGGUGCUGCUGCCGACAGGGGACUGAGAUCCAUGGAGUCCCACCGAGCCGCUCAGGACCCCCAGCUUCCCGGCGCCAAGCCUGCGCCACCACCACCAGAAAAAAGUGAAAACGUGACGGCCACGGACUCAGAGAAGCCGCCGCAAACGGGGCUGUUGCCCGGGGAGACGGUGGUCAGGGAGGGCAAGGCGUCCAUCUUGUUCCCCAGUGCCAAUGAAGUGUUCUACAACCCGGUGCAGGAGUUUAACAGAGAUCUGACAUGUGCGGUGAUCACGGAGUUCGCCCGAGAUCAGCUGGCUCAGAGGGGGCUGAAGGUGCUGGUGCCCGGCGAGACGGAGAGAGUCGUGGUUUCUCUGGCGGAGGAGAAGAACGAGGCCGACGCACAGACGGAGGAGAAGAAAAACGGCGGCGAGGAGCCCGCAGUGACCACAACAGUGGGGGAGAAGUGCGAGAACGGCCUGCGCGUGCUGGAGGCGCUGGCGGCGUCGGGCUUGCGUUCGGUGCGUUUCGCCCUGGAAGUCCCGGGCCUCCAGAGCAUCACCGCCAAUGACUUCUCCACCCAGGCAGCCGCGCUCAUUUCCAGGAACGCCCAGUACAACGAGGUCAGCCACCUGCUGCAGGUGAGCUGCAGGGACGCCAGUAUGCUGAUGUAUGAGAUGCGAGGGAAGAAGAAUCGCUAUGAUGUCAUUGACCUGGACCCCUACGGUAGCCCCGCCCCUUUCCUGGACGCCGCCGUGCAGGCCAUCAGUGAGGGAGGCCUGCUGUGUAUAACAUGUACAGACAUGGCGGUGAUGGCGGGUAACAGUGGAGAGACCUGCUACAGCAAAUACGGCUCCGUCUCCAUCAAGGCCAGAUACUGCCAUGAGAUGGCUCUUCGUAUCAUCCUCCACAGUUUGGACCAGAGGGCGGCGGUGUACCAGCGCUACAUUCAGCCCCUCCUGUCCGUCAGCGUCGACUUUUACAUCCGCGUCUUCGUCCGAGUCUUCACGGGACAGGCCGUGGUCAAAAACUCAGCCAGCAAACAGGCUCUGGUCUACAACUGUGUCGGCUGUGGCUCGUUCCACUUACAGAGAAUGGGCAAGAGAACGGCUCAUGGAAAACAGAUGAAGUACUCGGCUGCCACCGGGCCGCCUGUCGGACCGGAGUGUGAACACUGCGGACAGAGACAUCAGCUGGGUGGUCCCAUCUGGGCGGAGCCUCUUCACGACACGGCGUUCGUCCAGAGGGUUUUGUCGGCCGUGUCGGGGAAUCCGUCCCGCUUUGGAACGUCCAAACGCAUCGAGGGCGUCCUCAGCAUGGUCACCGAGGAGUUAGAGGACGCACCUCUCUACUACACUGUGGAUAAUCUGAGCAGCACCAUCCACUGCAACACACCACAGCUGCUCCAGUUCAGGUCGGCUCUCCUCCACGCGGGUCACAGGGUCUCCCUCUCUCACGCCUGUAAGAACGCCAUCAAGACGGACGCGCCUCCUUCAGUCAUCUGGGACAUAAUGCGCUGCUGGGAGAAGGCCAAUCCUGUGAAGAGGGAGAAGCUGUCGGAGACCAGCCCGGCCUUCAAGAUCCUCUCCACCGAGCCCAGCCUGCAGGCGUGUUUCACUGUACGGGAGGACGCCAACCCUCAGUCCCGUAAACGCCACCUGACCCGCUUUCAGGAGAAUCCGCAGGCCUUCUGGGGGCCAAAGGCUCGUGCAAAGGCCGGCGGUGGAAUCUCCGGCGACCUGCAGGACAGGAGGAAGCAGUUCCAGAACAAGAGGAAGAACCAGACCACGGACUCCUCCGAGCUGAAGAAGUUCCCCUGCAAGAGGUUUAAAAAGGGCACGUGCACCCACGGAGACGACUGCUGCUACUCCCAUGACGCCGAGAAAACGGAGUGAUUCUCAUUCUUUUAUUUUAUUUUUUUGUUUUUUAACUGUUUCAUCAGCCUUUUUGUUUUUAUUCCUUAUUUUUUUAGGGAGUUUGAAUGCAGGUUCUGUGCAUUCUGGACAUGUUCGGACAGGGACGCAACUCAUGAACUGUGCAAGAAAUAUACGUAUGCAUAAGGCUGUUUUGUGCCGCGGCCUUCUGUUUUAGUUUGUUUGACUGUUUUGGCAGUCCAAUAAAGUCCUUACCCCAAC